AUGGUCAAAAACGUGCUUCUUUUAGGAUCAGGUUUCGUCGCUAAACCGACUGUCGAUAUAUUAUCAAAGACACCAGAUACCAAGGUUACUGUUGCUUGCAGAACUUUGCAAAAGGCAAAAGAAUUAGCCGGAAAUAAUGCAGACGCAAUUUCUUUAGACGUCACAGAUGAGAAGGCUUUGGAUUCUGCGGUUGCCAAAGCUGAUUUGGUAAUUUCUUUGAUUCCCUACAUCUACCAUGUUAAUGUUGUAAAGUCAGCUAUCAAAAACAAAAAGAAUGUGGUGACUACAUCUUAUAUUAAUCCUCAAUUGAAGGAAUUAGAGCAGCAGAUUAAGGAUGCUGGUAUAGUUGUGAUGAAUGAAAUUGGUUUAGAUCCGGGUAUCGACCAUUUAUAUGCUGUCAAGACAAUUGAAGAAGUGCACAAAAAGGGCGGUAAAAUCAAGUCCUUUUUAUCUUACUGCGGUGGCUUGCCCGCUCCAGAAGACUCUGAUAAUCCUUUGGGUUACAAGUUUUCUUGGUCCUCGAGAGGAGUUUUAUUGGCUUUGAGAAACUCAGCUAGUUAUUGGAAGGACGGAAAAAUUGAAGAAGUUAAGUCUGAAGAUUUGAUGGCAACUGCUAAGCCCUACUUCAUCUAUCCAGGUUUUGCGUUUGUCGCAUACCCUAACAGAGACUCAACAACCUACAAAGAAUUAUAUAAUAUCCCAGAAGCAGAAACUGUUAUCAGAGGGACUUUAAGAUUUCAAGGCUUCCCUGAGUUUGUCAAAGUCUUAGUUGACCUUGGAUUCUUGAAGGAUGUUGAAUCAUCUAGCUUUUCUAAACCCAUUCCUUGGAAGGAGGCAACUGCUCAAUUAAUCGGUGCAAAAUCAUCUAACGAAGAUGACUUGAUCAAGAAAGUGAGCGAGACUGCAACGUUUAAGUCUGAAGAAGACAAAGCAAGGAUCAUUUCUGGAUUGAAGUGGUUAGGAUUGUUCUCGGAUAAACCAAUUACACCAAGAAACAAUCCUUUAGACACUUUAUGUGCUACUUUGGAAGAUUUAAUGCAAUAUGAGGAGGGUGAGAGAGAUCUUGUUUGCUUGCAACACAAGUUCGGAAUUGAAUGGAAGGACGGUGAAAAGGAAGUAAGAACGUCUACUUUAGUAGACUAUGGCGAUCCAAACGGAUAUUCUUCUAUGGCUAAAUUAGUAGGUGUUCCUUGUGCUGUUGCAGCCCAACAAAUUUUGGAUAAUACUUUGAAUACACCAGGAUUAUUGGCACCAAUGAGUUCAAAGAUUAAUGACCCACUCAUGAAAACUUUGAAAGAUGAUUAUGGUAUUUAUUUGGUGGAAAAAAAUGUAUCAUAA